CCACAAAGCUUCACACUUGGGCUGCCCUGGUCCUUCUCAUGGGCGUGGCAUCCUGUGGUAGCCAAGUGGUCAUCCUCAGCCACGGCAACUACCCAUCGAUCCUCUACAUCAAUCCAGGCUCAGGGGCUGUUUCUGUGGACGACCGAAGUGAUGACACGGGGCCUUAUCAGCUAACUAUUCAACAGCCUGUCAGUCCGGCGUUCUCCAGCCAGACGCUCCGGGCGAAGGUGAUCUUCACGGGUGAGGUGGAAGGCAACUUCACCCUGACGCAGAGCAACCCGCCCCUGGGGCCCACGCUGAUCGAGGGAACCAUCACCGGCCUCUCUCCGGGUCUCCACGGUUUCCAUAUUCACGAGUUCGGCGACCUUUCCGAUGGCUGCACGACCAUCGGAGGUCACUACAAUCCGCACAAGCGCCUGCACGGUUCCCCCGACGACCGAGAGAGACACGUCGGCGACCUGGGCAACGUGCUGGCUGACGCAGACGGAAUAGCUAAGGUCAACAUCACUGACCCUAUUAUCUCUCUCACGGGACCUUUUUCCGUCAUCGGCCGAGCUCUCGACGUGCACGCGGGCGAGGACGACCUUGGGGACGGCGGCGACGAGAAGAGCCUGAAGGGAGGCAACGCAGGCCGGCGUCUGGCCUGCGGCGUCGUCGGCUUUGCGUUUGAAGAUGACGCUUAAUGGAAAGCCGCUGCGGUUCGGGCUAAAAGGUGUUCCCCUUUUUGUGCUUGUAUCUUAUCUACGCUUUUGGUGUUGGUGAGCAAUAAAUGU